UGAGAUCCAGAAGCUUCGCAGUAUAAUUUCCACUCAAGGAGGCCCUGGGAAGGCUGGUUCUUUGGGUCAGUAUCCAUGUAUGGAACAUUAUCAGAGAGUGGGUACAUCAAACAAGCAUUCUCCCAAGGGAAUACAGGCAACUGGAACCAAAGUGUCCCCUGGAGGAACCAGAAUUAGUCCUGGACGUCUUACCUUGGUUAAAACAAGUCAUGGAUCUGUAAUGAGUGGUCAUAGCUGUAGUCCUACUAAUGUACCUGCUAAUACCUCAGGCCAUACCAUACCAUAUGGUACAGUUCAAGUUCCCAGAACACCAUCUAGUCGGCAUUCUUCGCCACCUCAACCUUAUCACGUAAUUGGACACCAAAAUCCUCAUCAGCGGCACUCGGAAAAUGAUUUACACGUUGGAACACCUGUCCGACAUGGUGUUGGCUACUUCAAAAGCUCGACUCCCUCUUCUUCUGGGAAGCCUUCACCCACAAGACUAGCCAUGGUACCAAGUAAACUUCAUGCAGCAAGUGCUGGUUUAAAGGCCCUUCAGACGACUCAGCAUUCCUCACACCAUAACAUACCUGGUCAUCACGGUAGUCAGCCAGAUCUUCGACCUACUUUUUUACAAACUCAACCAUUCACAGUUCAUUCUUCAAAUACAGCCAUAACAUCACCCAGUUCUUUUAUGAACCAAAUGCAAGGACACUCUUCAACGUAUGGGAAAUUUAUUAUGUAGUUCACGUGAUGAGUCUUGCAAGUUAAGAAUUUUAUCAGCCAAGUUUACUUGUUGUAGAGGAAUACUUAUUGGCAUUACAAAUUCAUAAUUAGUUCUUUACUGUAUCAAUAAAGAUUUUUUUUUUUUUUUUUUAAAGAGUGAGGAUGUGUGAAUAAAAGAGGUUCUUCUAGGGAAAUGGAAGUAUUUUUUUUUUGUGUGUGUAUAUUUUUAUAUAUUAGAUGACAAAAAUUUUUCCCAAAAAACUUCCCUUUAGGAGUGUAACACUGACAACAAAGUAUCUAGAUUACCCUAUGACAUACUUUGCAGAAAUUAUUAUUUGUUGACUUUUGUAUCUCUUCCCUAUGACAUACUUUGCAGAAAUUAUUAUUUGUUGACUUUUGUAUCUCUUCCCUAUGACAUACUUUGCAGAAAUUAUUAUUUGUUGACUUUUGUAUCUCUAAUAUAAAUAUAUAAUCCCCUAAGUAAUCUUCAUUUUCCCUUUCCAUGGAGUACCCUAGUUUGCUUAUCCCUCCAAUUUUCCUGGAUUUCUCACUCAGAGGUUUACCAUCAUUGACUGAAUCAGUAAGACCAACAGUUAUACAAUUAUUAAAAUGUAUUCUUUUUAAAAUUUGUGUAAAUUAUUUCCCUUUUGUGUGCAAAAGGUAACCAUUAUAGAGAGUAAAACUGAUGUACUAUGUUAUUAUAAUUUUAGUGGAUAGUUUUAUUUUCCUGUUUCUGAUAAUAAUUUCUUGGGCAAUAAUUUCAGUAAU